CGUGAUUAAUGCAAAUGGAAAGAACAGUUUUUGAGGGAUAUUUUCCCUCCAGCUUUCUCUCUAUCUCUCACUAUCUCUCAGUCACAUGCACAGACACGGUCAUUUUGCAACAACAGCUCUGAGCAGCAAAUGGAGUGAACAGGAUCCAUGAGCAUUGUUAAUUUUUCAGAGAGAGAGAGAGAGAGGCAUUUUGCUUGAACUGUUGUCAGCAUCUCAGAUACGGAUAUCGAGGCAUUCACAGGUGAUUUCACUUGGAACACCAUGUUCGGACAGAGUGUCACAUUGCAGCCUGUCCCUAUCCAAAGUCUCUCUGAACUGGAGCGUGCAAGAUUGCAGGACGUUUCCUUCUUCCAUCUACAAAUUAAAGAUCUGGGCUGUCAGAUUGCCAUUCCCAAAGAUGGGCCAAAAAGGAGGAAAUCUUUCCGAAGAAAGAAGGACUCCCUUUCCAAAGAGAAAAAGGAUAAAGAGUUGCAUCCCCUAGGAUUUGGGAUUCCUUUAUCGCAAGUCAUCCUCAAUGACUGUGCACGCAAGAAGAAGCAGGACGCAGUGAAGGAAGGCCGGAGAGACUGCCUAGACUUGGAGACAACAGUAAUGAGAUUUCGAGCCAAGAAGGAACAUAAACAUUUGUAUGAUAGUGAUGCAUUCCUGCAGUCAACAUCAGAAAUUGUAAAUGAACCGCUCUCUCCAACCUUUAUGGAUAAUCUUUCCAGAAGCCAAAGACGGGGUGCAGUGUCUGUCGACUCCAUCACUGACCUGGAUGACAAUCAGUCACGAUUGCUAGAAGCCCUUCAGCUCUCUCUACCAAUGGAACUAGAAAGGAAAAGUGUAAGGAAGACCAAACAAAAGCUCAGUCUAAACCCCAUCUUCCAGCAGGUCCCCAGAAUAGUGCAGCAGUGUUGUCAGCACAUCGAAAAUUAUGGUCUUCAAACUGUUGGUAUUUUCCGUGUUGGAAGUUCCAAGAAAAGGGUUCGACAGCUGCGGGAUGAGUUUGAUCAAGGUUUGCAAGUAGUUUUGGAUGAAUUGCACAGUGUCCAUGAUGUGGCAGCUUUGCUGAAAGAAUUCCUGCGGGACAUGCCAGAUCCUCUUCUCCCCAAGGAACUCUACUCAGCCUUCAUCAACACUAUGUCAAUGAAUCACAAGGAACAGCUUUCCACCCUCCAGCUGCUGAUUUAUCUGUUGCCUCCGUGUAACUGUGACACUCUGCUCCGAUUGCUUGAGUUGCUGUCAAGGGUAGCGAGCCACGCCCAUGACUCAUUUGGUCAAGAUGGGCAAGAGAUGACUGGAAACAAAAUGACUGCUGUCAAUCUGGCCACCAUCUUUGGUCCAAACCUCCUUCAUAGGGAGAACAUGUCUGACAAAGACUACAGUGUGCAGGCAGCACAAGUUGAAGAAAGCUCAGCGAUCAUUGGGGUGAUCCAAAAAAUGAUUGAGAACUAUACAACCCUGUUUAUAGUUGCUCCAGAGUUUCAGCAUGAAGUGUUAAUGAGUUUGAUGCAGACGGACAAUGAUGUUGUUCACUAUCUCCUACGCAGAAAGCUUAAAAACCAAUCGGGUUCAGAUGAAGAAAAUGAAGCAUUUGUGAUGCCAGCGCAUCAUUGUUCAAAGUCUACAUGUGACUCCUGCAGCUCCAUAAGUAGUGAUCACACAUCAACGAGCAUUUCACCCAGAUUUUGUGAAAAUCUACCUGUGAAAGAUAAGAGCAUUUGCUCAGGUUCAGAGUUAUUUAAAGUAUCAGAAGGACUGGCAUUCUUUGGGCAGCAUGGAAUGACCUUUUCCGCCCAAUCUCUAAAAGAUCCAUUUGAAGAUACUGGUGAGAAAUGGUCCUUCAGUCAACGGAGGGCAUCACGUUCACAUGAGAAUCUUAUAACUACACUUCGUUUGGAAACAACAAAAGGAUUUAUGAAAGAAGUAGAGUGCAGGACACAAAACGCAACUCUAGUUCCAAUGAACAGCUCUCCAGAUGUAUCCCUAGCUGCCAGUUCCCAGCAACACCAUCAGAGCUUUCACAUGCUCGCAAGCCUUAACUGCACUCAAUUCUUCACAGGCAGCACUGAAGAACUAACAGAGAAUACAAAAACAACAACUAAACUGAGAAGAGUACGUUCAGAUCUUUAUUCAAAAUGUGGAAGUCCUAUCUUGCAUUCACACGCUGCUAAAAUGGGCAGGGACUCUAAAAACCUCAGUGACAUUGCCGGUUCAUCUGACAAUGAAUACUUGAGCAAAAAAAUAACCAUUGAAUCUGGCUUCGCUCCUCAGGCUCCUAAGGGGAGUGAGGUGCUGCAAAUUGAUGCUAGUAGGGAGGGAAUGGAAGCUAAAGUGUGGGUGAAAAGGGACAACGGAGCUGACUCUCCAACCAAAACACAGACACAACAGCAACUUCAGCAUUAUAACUCCAGAAGUGAUCAGAAGAAAAAUUCUCUUCGUGAAACUGCUGUAUGACUUUAGGAAUUGCCUGUUCACUGAACACUUCCAAGAAGGAAGUUGUUUCAACAUUUUUGACUUCAUUAUUUCAUAUUAGCUGUUACACAUCUGUAAACUGUAGGACUUGCCUGUGUUAACAAAUCUCCAAUUUGUCUAUCAUCUGCCCUGUUUUGAAGUACUACAGAAUCCCUACCGAUAGAUUUGUUUAAUUGUUACUUCCUGUUUCCAUUGGCAGUUGUCUCUGUGCAGAAGUUUAGCUUUAACAAAACUGAAAUUCUUAUGUUUUCAUGCAUUUAUACUUUAUUUAAAAGAUGCAAAAAUCUUUCUCGGUCUGCUGUGUUACCUUGUAAUAGGGCCUUGAACUGUUGACACUUAAAGGGAUGUCCAAGUCCUCUGGGACUGUAGGAAUGAGAACAUUUAGACCAAGGAAAAGCAUUUUGACCCCUAAUCCCUGCUCUUUCUACGCACUCUGUACAAUCUGUUCUAUCAUGGAUUCCGACCAAUUUAUUUAAUACAAUCUCUCUAGGAUAAGUUCUUCAAACAUUUUUCCUCAACUCCCUGAAAUAAGCAAGCAAAACUCCAGAGUUCUACCUUCUUUUGAACUAUUGUAUUGAAUUCAAGAACUUUGGAGUUCUUAUAAAAAAUAUUAAUCUUUCCA